UGACAUUGAAAAGCGUCAAAAACCGAUUCCGACCGGUGGUACAUGCGCCUUCUGCUUGUGAUCGCGGCAGCGUUGGUCGGCUGUGCGGCGGCCACUCCGACGUGUAAGGCCCCGUACGAAGUUGCGAGCGCGGGCGGAACGCAAUGUGCGUGUGCAAAGGACUUCUUAGGCGUCAACUGCAUGCAAUGUCGCACGGAGAGCGCUUGCAACUGGAUAGACAAGAACUCGCACUGCGCAGUUGGGUUUGGAUUCACUUCUAGCAUGAAGUCCAAGACGUACACCUGUCUGUUAAGUCAAACGCUGCAGGCAGUGUUCAACGAUGGCGCGAUGGGGUUGACGUGCGACACGACGGCGAAGACGUGCACGAUGGCGGUGUACAAGUCGGCCACGGGACCUCAAGGCGAGCACGCGAUCGACUGCAGCAUGAAAGGGUGUUCUUUUGCUGGAACUUCGGUCGCGUGCGACAGUCUCACGUGUAAGUGCACCGACCUGUGCUCCCUCGUGUCCAAGCAAUUGUUCGAGGUGUCACUCGCGAACAAGCCCGUGAAAAUGGUCGCAAUCUCCAACACCACGUUGAAAGUCGAAAUUGAGGGGUCGCCUUUGCCUCUCGAAGGGAUCUGUACUGCUUCAUCAUGCGAAUCGACCAAGGUAAUGGACCAGCUUGCCGGUAUCGACGACGACAGCUCUUCCACCCCAACGGCCGCUCCUCAAACGUACUCCAAGGCUCUGAUCGUGUCCCUCUCUGCGGUGCUGGUGCUCCUGGGUGCCAGUGCGCUAUUUGUGUGUUGUUUUUACACUCUGUACGCCGCCAAACUCAGACGAGCACCAUCCAAGGAGGCUGCAAUGUCUCUGGAAGACCCGCUCGAGACGAAUGGCUUUGUUGUCUCGACGACGGGCGAUCUGUUUUCCUUUGCAGACGUGUGCUGCGUCUCGAAAAGCAGUCGCAACCCGUUCAAGUCGGCCACACUAGUCCAACCCCCCCGCCCGAUUCUUUCCAACGUCCACGGCUCCGUCCGCCGUGGUCAAGUGCUGGGGCUCAUGGGCCCCAGUGGAUCUGGGAAGACGACGUUGCUGAAUGCCCUUGCUGGUGUCGCGAACGGCACGACGACCGCGUUCACCGGCAGUAUUUUGCUGGACAACCAGCCGCUCCCGUCCAACUUUCGCCACCUCGCCGCGUAUGUCCAACAAGACGACUGCUUGUUUUCGACUCUCACGGUCCGCGAGUCUAUCGAAUACUCUGCCUUUCUCCGGCUGCCAUCACGUCUAUCUCUCCACACGAAACAGCAAGUCGUGACCAAGGUCCUCGACGAGCUUCGCCUCACUCACGUCGCCGACUCCCGUAUUGGAAACGCUAGCGUUCGAGGAAUCUCUGGCGGAGAGCGCCGCCGCGUCAGCAUCGGAAUGGAACUUGUGACACAGCCUCAGAUGCUGUUUUUGGACGAGCCGACGUCUGGCCUGGACAGCGCAUCGGCGAACAGUUUGAUCUCGUUGCUGUCGACGGUGGCCAAGAGCGGGCGGAUGGUGAUUUUGUCUGUGCAUCAACCCAGUACCAAGUCUUUCCUCAAGCUCGACAACGUGUUGGUGCUCGCCAAAGGCCAACUCGUCUAUUCUGGGCCGUCCACGGCAGCCGCCACGCGCUUUUCGUCGUUGGGCUUGCCGUGUCCCGCCAACGAAAACAUUGCCGAUCACAUCUUGGACUGCGCAUCCGACCCCGCUUCGAUUCCAGUACUGCACGAGGCUUGGCUCGGUGACAUGCACGACGUGUCGGCGCGAGAGGAUCCGCUGGAUGCGCCCGUGCGUCAGCCGUCCUUUGAAAAAGUCGACUUUGGCAUGCAACGGUACCAUCGGUCGAGUCUCCUCAAACUCCAAGUCCUCUUUCUUCGCACGAUGCGCAAUACGUUCCGCCAAAAGUCGCUCUUCGUCCUCCACUUGGCCAUCUCGGCCAUUCUUGGCGUCAUCACGGGGCUCAUCUUCAUGGGGCUGCAAAACAACCUGGCGGGGUUCCAAAACCGCAUGGGCGCGUUCUUUUUCACGCUGACGUUCUUUGGGUUUGGCACGUUGAGCUCGAUGGACGCGUUCAUCGCAGAGCGCCCGCUUUUCGUCAAGGAGGCCGGCGCCAAGUACUACGGCGCGUGGAGCUACUUUGUAGCCAAGGCAAGUAUCGACCUCGCGUCGUUGCGGGUCCUGCCAGCGAUUGUGUUUGCCAGCAUCUUUUACUAUCUCAUGGGGCUCCAUGCCCCACUCGAUCGGUUCCUGCUCUUCACGACGACACUCGUCCUGUUCAACGUGGCCGUGGGGUCCAUGAGCACCUUUGUCAGCAUUUGCAGCAAGACGGUCGGGAUUGCCAACUUGGUCGCGACGGUCGUGCUGCUCCAAAACGUCCUCUUUGGCGGGUUCCUCUUGAACGUCCAGACCAUGUCGGUGGGCGCGGCGUGGAUGCAAUGGCUGUCGAUGUUCAAAUAUGCAUUUGAAGUGAUGAUGACAAACGAGCUGAGCGGUCUCUUGCUCACGUUUGACGCGUCGGGGUAUGUGGCCGUCCCGGUCUAUGGCGAAGUGUACCUCAAAACCCUCGGCAUGGACAUCAACAACCAAAUGCGCGAUGUCGUCUGCCUCGUCGCUAUCACGGCCGCCUUCAACUUGGCGAGCUUUGUCAUGCUAAAGUACCAGGUCCCUCGACCCAUGCGCCUCUCGAUGGCGCCCGCCACGAAAUCCGUGUAAUCAUCCACACCCAACUUUCUCACCUUUGUCUCGUCCUCCCGUCAUCGAGACGACGCCCUGUCCGUUGGAAGGGGCGGCGUACUCGAUGUGGACAUUGCGCUCCCAUCCGACCCUACCAUGAUCAUGGCAGGGGAUGGCACCCGGCUGUGUUCGACGGCGCUUCUUCAGCGACGCACGAGCGCACCGAAUGGAUGUAAUGGACAGCGUUUCCUUGCAUUGCACAGACGCGCAUCUCGCUUGGAUGCACGCGCGUGCCACGUCAUGAAAGAAGGCGGGGCAGAAGGUGUUUUUCCCGACGUUGCAUGUGUUAAUCCCUGGAUCCUUCCGGGCAAAACACAAUGAACCCAGCUGAAGAGAGCGAGUUGCAGGCCUUCCUCUACACUAGAGCGUUACAACAUGGCGACCGACGGC